UCAUGGUAGGCCUAGCACGGAACCAGGAAAAACGAAAAUGCAUCCAUCCAUCCCAGCAUCUCUCUCGGGUUUACUUGCGAUACCCAGAAUCAUCCCGUUUAGAUCCGCUCGCGAUCCCAGCAUCGAACGGCUCAGAUUCAUUCAACGCCUCCUCCCACUCCUACUGUCCGCCAUUUAAAUACCGUCCCCACCGUCCCUUCCUCUCCCCCACUCCACUCCACUCACCAAACCCAACCCAGAGCAGACAAGCGUCCAAGGUCCAACCAAAGCAACUGAGCUGCGAGUCCGGGAAGCCGGAGAGACAGAGGAGAAGCGCACAGGCACCGCUCGCCGGCGAGACCGACGAUGGGCCUCCUGGAACACCCCCUGGAGGCCGUCGCCUUCCGCCUCUACUCCCUCCCAGUCCCGGAGGCCUCCGCGGCCACGGGCGCCGCCGCCGCCUGGACCUGCCUCGCGGCGGCGGUCCUGGCAGCCGCCGCGGGCGUUUGGCGCCUCUGCUUGUCCCCGUCCCCACCCCCGUCCGCCGCCGUUGCCGCCGCCGCGAAUGCUUCGGGGCCGGAUCGGUCUCACGUGGCGGAGGCGUCGCCGGAGACGUCCCGGCGGGCGCCGGAGCCGGCCGCGGCCGCGGCGGCGACGCCCAAGGAGCGGUACACGGCGUACUACCGCGACGUCGGGUGCUGCUGCUGCGGUGGUGAAAGCGAUGACGAGGAGGGCGACGCGGAGGAGCGGGGAGACGGCGACGUGUUCCUUUCGGACGACGACGGGCCGACGACGGAUCCUUUCGGGUGGGAGUGGGAGGUGGUGAGGUCGCUGCAGCCUCCUCUCAGCCUGGCGGCGGAGACGACGGGGCGGAGGUACCGGAGGAGCCCGACGACGGGGCUCGGCGGCAGCGUGGUGCAGCUGUGGGACCAGGGCGCCGUGCGCGGCCUGACGCCCGCGGCGCGCCCGCGGCCGAGGGCCCGGGUGGUCGUCGGCACCGUCUCGGCCUUCUGAAAACAUAUCCGCGCGCCCGGGUGUCCAAACGAGCAAUAAAACUGGCCCGUCUCGUGGGAGAAAGAAGAGAGAAGAUUAUUAGACUGUGUUCAACGGUGUGCGCUGGGCUCCCCCUCCCCUAGCACUGUAGCAGAUUUAGGGGCUACAGUGCGCCCCCUACUCUCUUCAGACUGUCUUCAGCGGUUCCCCCUAAAUUUCUCCCCCUAUAUCCCACUCACGUGCCACGUCAGCGAUCUCUCUCCCCCUAUAUCUCCACGCUCUACAGCGGUUCCCCCUAUAUGAAUCCUCUAUACCUCACCACAUUAAUAUUAUAUUCUUUCAUCAUCAA